GGCAAUUGAUGAACCAAGAGGCGAGAGGAGACGAUGGCAACCUGUCUUCGCCUCGUUUUGCUGAGAGGCAUUCUUGUGGCGCUCUUGCGGGCCACCAUUGUUUCAUCUACUGACCAAGCAUGGUGCUUGGGCGAAGCUGAACGAGCUGGACAAGCCGACGGCAAUGGCGCGCCUAUUGAUAAUGACGCCGAAAGCAGCAUCAUGUACGACUACAUUGUGGUGGGCGCCGGUGCUGGCGGAGGAGUGGUGGCCUCUCGAUUGGCACAAGCCGGGUACUUGACAUUGCUGCUUGAUGCAGGUCCAGAUUACCAGUCGCCCCUAACAGAUGUACCAGCCUUUUGGCCUUAUUCUACGGAAGAACCACAGAUUGAAUGGGCCUUCCGUUCGAGAAACAGCCCGGACCCGGGGAGGGACAACGUCCUGUAUCCCCGUGCUUCCAUGAUUGGAGGUAGUACCAUGCACAAUGCAAUGAUUUCUCUUUACCCAUUUCCGAAUUUCUGGGACGGUUUGCGAGAACUAACUGGAGACGAAGAAUUCUCGGAAGAGAAGAUGCGAGAAAGGUUCAUUCGACUGGAAAACAACGAGUACUGUUUCAAAGGAGCAGAAGGGCAUGGAUUCGACGGAUACAUCAGCACAAGCUCGACAGACUUGCGGCUUGUCACAGACUUCAACUUUUUGGACAUUCAGAUUAUUGCUAUUGCUUCAGGGUUUGCAUUAUCCCAUCUUCCACACAAUCCGUUUUUGGUCUUCUUGGGAAACAUAUUCAACUUUCCCUAUUGCCUUCCAUUCAUCUUCGACGUGAACGCACCCGGAUUUCAAGACAAAGAGGGUGCUCACAUUGGUCCAUUAUCCACAAGUCCGUCGAACGGACAUAUUCGCUCUUCAGUAUACGACCUCAUAACCCAAACUCGGUCAACUUCGAGCCUAAUCGUCAAGCCAGACCACUUUGUAAGGAAAAUACUGAUAAAAGACGGGACUGCGUACGGGGUGGACGUCCAGAAAGGAAAGGCGCUCUAUGGUGCCUCGACGGGAACCAGGAUUGAAGGUCGUAGAGAAUCAUUCUUCGCCCGCAAAGAGGUGAUCAUAUCUGGUGGCACAUUCAAUACUCCUCAGAUUUUGAUGCUGAGUGGCGUUGGACCGUCUGAGCAGCUUCAAAACUUUUCUAUCCCCGUGAAGGUUGAUUUACCGGGUGUAGGUGCCAACCUUAUUGACAAGCUCGAGGCUACCCAAACCUUUGAGACUACCAAAGAGUGGCGGAUCUACCAACAAGGGUGUACAUUUUCGGAUCCGUCUCCAGAAGAAGAUCCCUGCUACGUUCAGUUCAACAAUGGAGAGUUUCCCAGUGUGUACACUACGUCUGGAACGAUAAUAUCGCUACAACGGAAGUCCGAUCGGAAGUUGGAAUACCCAGACCUGUACUACCAAGUGUCACCCUUCAAUUUUAUAGGUUAUGUGGACGGUUGGGUAGAGGAUGGCUAUUCUCGACAAGAUGCUCUCACUGUCAAUAUCAACACUCCUCUGGUUGGCCCCAGCAAAGGGACCGUGAAACUGAGGUCGGCCGAUCCAUUCGAAGUUGUCGACAUCGAUUUCAAUGGCUACGACGACGAAGAUCUAGAUCGAGUUACACAUGCUGUCAUCAAAGUGCAAGAAUUUGCAAAAAGCAUGAAAAAGCUGGGAUUCUUAAAAGGACCACUUUUUCCAGAUGAAAGCGUCGAUACGUUUGAGGAAUACAAAACGUGGGUGAGGUCCAAUGGAUGGGGGCAUCAUCCGCUCGGCACUGCCAAGAUGGGAGCUGAUGACGAUCCUAGCGCUGUCGUCAAUGGGCAAUUUCAAGUUCGAGGUGUGUCCAACCUGCGAGUAGUGGACGCGUCCAUUUUCCCUGAGCAACCAGGUUUCUUUCCCACAAUUCCAAUAUACAUGGUGGGAGAAAAGGCCGCAGAGGACAUCAUCAAGGCAGACUUGACAAUUAGCUACGAAACCUUUGAUUGCUGAUUGUACUAGAUCGGCCCGCCACGAAGCUUUGCUUGGCACCGAAGAGAUUGCACCUUUGUGCAUGUGGUGCUUUACAAUCGCUGGACAAUGUGGAAGACCCCUCAGUCCCUGCUUUCUCGCCUUUCAGGGCAGAGUCGAACCAAGCUCGAACAAAUGAUCCGGGGCUCAACCAAAUUUGAGCGGAACACCGUAGGAUGACCAAUUCCUAGUUCUUCUAAAAUAUGUGCUUGCUACAGCAGGAGGUUUGGAAAAACCAGCUUGAAGUCGACGAAAUCUACCAGUUGUUUUGCCGGGUACAUGGGAUUCGUGCCAAAAAGCAGGAGCCUUGAUUCCUUAGUUUUUGUUUGUUGUGAUACGAGGUAGACAAAGAUCCACCGCUUUCAAUCAUCCUCCAGCAAACUGCAACCGCUCUGCCUGCUUGUUGGAUGAUGGCGUGAUCGUGCAAAACCUUCAGCAAGAUACGGACCAAGACAACUGCGUACUAGUACACUGUACAUCGUAGUACUAUGGCAGGAGCCCCUUAGGUCAAUCACAGUUCCAGACGGGAGUGGCUGUGCCGACGCGUCGAUCUAUGUACCGGUACAGUCAAAGACAGCUCGAGACGAAAUUGCGUUUCUAAAGUACUACCUGUACGAGCGCGAUCUAUCUAUGACGGUACCGAAACCUGCAUACAUAGCAAGAAGGUCCUGAAGCGUGAAUCAAGUGGGCAGGGUCUUGCGGACCGAAAGCGGACUGCCCCUUUCAGCAAGGAUUCAUGCUC